AUCCGGACUCGACGAGGUUGCAGUUGGUGGGCAUGCUAACCGAGCUGCCCGACGUCUGCCGCCAGCGCCUGUACGGCUACCUCGAGGCGCGGGACCUGUGCUGCGUCGCGAGCACCUGCAGGACGCUGCGAGAUGCCAAGGCGCCGCCGAUGCACGGCCACUGGCGACGCCUCGUUGAGCGUGACAUCCUGGGCGUGCCGGUGGCUGUGCCCCGCACGUGCACGCUGCAGCGCCGCAAUGCCUUCUCAGACCUCGACAUCCACUGCAGCAACCAAGACGACGACACUGGCGCCGCGACGAAGCGCUCUUCGUUCCAGGACAAGCUCGUCUCUGCACGCACCUCGUGCGGCGUCGACGCCGACGAAGAGAAGAAGUGGUCCAUCAAACCCAUGCGCGCGCUGCCAUGGCCGGCCAUGUACCGCGUGUGUAUCCUCAAGGUCCACGCUCUGCACAACGACGACCUUCGCUUCCAAGAGGAGAUGCGCCUGCUCCAGGACUUUAAGCGCGAGCGCGGUCGGCUUAAAGAGCGCCUCGGGACGUCGGCCAAGCACAUGAAGGCGCACGACGGUAGCCGCCGCGCCGCGCCCUUGAGCUGCGUCAAGUUUCUCAACAAGACGACGCGCCGCUUCCUCGCGCUGCCGCAAUCGUCCGGAAGCAACAACCAAAAGGCCGAGCGCCACGCCGAACUCGCACGCGUCGACGAGAUCAUCAACGAGUACACGAGCUCGACCUUCUCGAUGCGCGUCCAGCUGCGCAAAGACUACCGCAAGCUACAAGGGUACCUUCUCACGGCCCGGCGCGCGCUGCAUGACUCAUAAAUAUAUAUAUACAGUAUGCUCAUUCAUCCAA